UAAUCGUUAUUGUUCUGUUUCCCGUCUAUUGUAAAAUUGGCUACUUUUGCUACAUUACACAUAAUUGUAUUCUAUACUAAUUUGGUGUGGUACUGAAAUAAAAUUUGUUUCUGUGUUUUUAUACAAAGCCAUGUCUCAAUAAAGAAAUAUUGUUCCAGAAAUAUUAGUAUACAAAACUAGAUUUUACUAUUUUUUAAACAAUACACAUUGCCUAUAUACAUAUAUAAGACAUAUAUAUAAAUCAUAAAUUAUGGGAGCCCGGGAAGACGAAUAUGACUACUUAUUUAAAGUUGUUUUGAUAGGAGAUUCGGGUGUAGGUAAAAGUAAUUUGCUUUCCAGAUUUACAAGAAAUGAAUUUAAUUUGGAAUCUAAAUCAACUAUUGGUGUUGAGUUUGCUACAAGAAGUAUUGAGGUUGACGGAAAAACUAUUAAGGCCCAAAUUUGGGACACUGCUGGACAAGAGAGAUAUCGUGCUAUUACUUCAGCAUACUACAGAGGGGCAGUCGGAGCACUUCUUGUUUACGACAUUGCUAAGCAUCUCACUUACGAGAAUGUUGAACGAUGGUUGCGGGAACUAAGAGAUCAUGCAGAUCAAAACAUUGUUAUAAUGCUUGUUGGUAAUAAAUCUGACUUAAGGCAUUUAAGAACGGUGCCCACGGAUGAAGCCAAGUCAUUCGCUGAGCGAAACGGGCUCAGUUUUAUUGAAACAUCGGCUCUGGAUUCAACCAAUGUCGAAACAGCAUUCCAGAAUAUUCUCACAGAAAUUUAUCGCAUUGUGUCUCAAAAGCAAAUACGAGAUCCUCCAGAAGGUGAUGUAAUUAGACCGACUAACGUUGAGCCAAUUGAUGUUAAGCCAACUGUUACCUCAGAUGUUCGCAAACAAUGUUGCCAGUGACCACAGCACAAGUUUAUUUUCUUCUUUAAUUAUUUCCUCAUCAAAUCUUAGACAUGGAGUACUAGAUAUUAAUAAAAUGUCCUCUUAUCAGGUUCAAAUUAAAUCAAUCAAAUCAAACUUGAAUACCUAUAAAUUAAUUUGUCUUACUUCGUCAAAAUAUUUUGUUCUAACUUAUGUGUUUAAUGGAAAAUAAAAUUUACCAAAAACUUAA